AUGUGGCGCCCAAAUCUCAAUUUCGUCAAGUUGCAUUAUAUAUACAUUAUUUGCAUGGGUCUUUCUAGUUUCCUUUUUAUAUAUCCCAACGGCAAGCUCAGUGCUAUUGAUGCUUAUUUCCUGGGUGUCAGCGCCUCGACCGUUACCGGCUUGACUACUAUCGAUGUCCCUGUCCUCAGAACGUACCAGCAGUUGUACCUCUACUUUAUUCCCCUUGUUUGCAAUACUGUGGUUAUCAACAUCCUCGUCGUCAUCGCCCGUCUAAUCUGGUUCCGGAAAUACCUUAAGAAGGCCGCUCCUACUCUGUUGAGCCGACGCAGAACCGUGGAUCCAAAUCCCAAGGAAGACCCUGAAAUUGGUACCGAGCCUCCCGCUUCGGAGCAGCCUGAUCACCGACCUAGCAUUGCGCGUGCUGUCACAGAUCGUGUUCCCAGAAACACUACAGAAAAGGAUGUACUUCCCCAGAUUGAGGCCCGUAGUCAAACACUCCCAGCCCCUGAUCAACAUUCGCAACGUUCUGUGGACGAUGAUGCACCUACCGUUAAGGACGAUAAGGUGGCCGAACAUGAGGUGAACCAACAUGGGACGAAAAUUACGUUUGACCCUUCAGCAGACCAUCACCCUCGGCACGAACACCAGGACUCUACUCUUUACAUCCCCGGACCCCGAGCUCGUGAUCAGGGACUGCCUUUUGUUGAGCUGAACAGCGGUCGCCCCUUCAGCAGAGAUACUCGAGACGAUGACAUUAUCGAGCCUAUUUCUCGCACCUAUUCUAACUCCAUAAGAACUCUUCGCCGUCGCCGCAGUGCUGGUCUUAACCUGUCUCAAGUUCGUUCGGUAGAACGUGUCGCUACCGUUGCUUCUUCGCUGUUUGUUAUCGGCAAUACUGCUCAAGGCCCUAAGGAGCGUCCAUUGGCAAGAGCGCCGACACUUGCUGUGGGAGAUUUUCCGAACCUGUCGCGCGAGGUGACAAUUGGGCGAAACUCCAUCUUCCACAACUUAUCAUCGGAGGACCGAGAUGAGCUUGGCGGUAUUGAGUACAAAAGUUUAAAGUUACUGCUCAAGAUCAUUGUUGGGUACUAUGCUUUCCUCCAAUUUCUGGGUGCUGUCUGCCUGAUAGGAUGGGUCAACCACGCUCCCAGCAAGUAUGUUGACUAUAUCGCUGAAUGUGGUCAGAACCGUUUCUGGUGGGCCAUCUUCUCCGCUCAGACUAUGGUCGCCAACUUGGGUUUCACCCUGACCCCUGAUUCCAUGAUCUCCUUCAACGACGCCCCGGCUCCGCUGCUUAUCAUGAGUGCCCUCGCGCUUGCUGGACAUACAUUCUACCCUAUUCUACUACGCUUUAUCAUCUGGUCCGCAUCAAAAGCCUUUCCGAAACAGUCUUCACUACAAGAGCCGUUACAUUUUCUCCUCAACCAUCCGCGUCGAUGCUAUACCUUGCUGUUCCCUAGCGGACCGACCUGGGCAUUGUUUGCCAUUCUCACCCUCCUCAACGUUGCCGAUGUCUUGUUUAUCAUUCUUCUGGAUUUAGACAACCCAACUGUCACAGUUCUCCCGGGAUGGCAGAGAUUUUGCGCCGCUGUGUUCCAGGCCGUCAGUUCACGACACACCGGCACUGCCACUUUCAACCUGGCCAAUGUCAACCCAGCAGUUCAAUUGGCUUUAUUGGUUAUGAUGUACGUUUCCGUAUAUCCCAUCUCUAUUGUGGUUCGAUCUUCAAACACCUACGAAGAACGCUCCCUUGGAAUAUACGAGGAUGAGCAGCAACUGGAUGAGGAAGAUGGCGGUUCGUAUUUUGUGACACACUUACGGAAUCAGCUCAGUUUUGAUCUAUGGUAUAUCUGCCUUGGACUUUUCUGCAUUACUAUAGCAGAACACAAGAAGAUCAUGGAUGGAAACGACUUGGCAUUCGCAAUGUGGCCCAUCUUGUUCGAGGGUGUGUCGGCAUAUUGUAAUGUCGGCUUGAGUUUAGGAUACCCGACGAUCAGUGCGUCUUUUUGCACUGAAUUCACGACAUUCAGCAAACUCGUCAUUUGCGCCAUGAUGAUUCGUGGGCGUCAUCGUGGUCUCCCAUACGCUUUGGACCGAGCCAUUGUUCUGCCGACCGAAAAAAAUUAG